AUGCUCCGCGGCCUCCACGUCGCCCGCCGAUGCGUCGCAACAACAACAGCACACCGAUGCUUCAGCCAAGCUGCAAAGCAGCAGAUGCGCAAGAGCGGCUACGUCGUCAAGCGGCUCGCCGUCGCGCCACAAGCCGUAGCAACAAUCCGUAGGAACGCGCUGGCGCAGGCCCGCGAGCCGCCCGCGCCCGCGUGGCGGAAGUGGCUCGGACUGGAGAAAAAUCUAAAAGAGGGCGUCGACGGCGGGCCGCACGGCCGGUUGUUGAUUCCGCUGGCGCCGGACGACGACGGCGUCGCCGCCGUUUUAACAAAGGCCCUCGCCGCGAUUGGUGAAGACGCCGUCGCGGACGCGGGCCUGACGUCAAAAGCACUGCUCGUCGAGCUGUCCGUGCUGGCGGUGCUCCCGAGGGCCGCGGCGCAGCCGCCACAUUUAGAUGUGUUACCUAGAGAUGGCCUCUCGAUGGCGACGUUGUUUGUCCCGCUCCAAGAUGUUUCAGAGAGCAACGGCGCGACGGUGCUGUACCCGGCGCCUCCAUCAAGCGUCGCGGCGCGCCGCGACUGGGCGCUGCUCCACAAAAGUGAGAAGAGGACGUACGCACCGGACGGCUCUGAUGAUCAUAGAGAUGCGGCAAGCAUACAAGCCGAAGCCGCCGGCCUGCUCCCGCCCGUGGCCUCGCCCUGGGCGAAGUGCUCUCCAUCGGAACUGGGCCUCGGCGCGCCGGUGUGUCUGGAGCUGCGCACCGGCGACGUCGCGCUGAUGGACUACCGGUGCUUCCACCGGGGCGGCGCGAACGUGAGCGAGGACCUGCGUUGCGUCCUGUACGCGACGUUCUCCUCCGAGGGUGACCACCACUCGUAUUCGGUGGAGGCAUCAAAGCAGACGCGGCGGCUGGGCGAGUUCCUGGCGGUCGCGGAGGAUCGUAGUGUGUAUUAAUUGUAUCUUGAGUC